AUGUUUUUUUUCUUGCUUCCAUUUUUAUUUCAUUGCCCUUUUUUCUUGUCUCCCAUUUUUAUUUCUUUUGCCAUUUUUCUUGUCUCCCAUUUUUAUUUCUUUGCUCUUUUUCUUGUUUACCAUUUUUAUUUCUUUUGCCCUUUUUCUUGUCUCCCAUUUUUAUUUCUAUUUUUGCCCUUUUUCUUGCUUCCCAUUUUUAUUUCUUUGCCCUUUUUCUUUUCUCCAUUUUACCAUUUGCCCUUUUCCUUCCCUUUUGCCCUUUUCUUCUCUCCCAUUUUUUUAUUUCUUUUUUCCCAUUUUUUCUUGCUUUUUUUACCAUUUCUUUUAGUUUGCCCUUUUCUUCUCUCCCAUUUUUAUUUUUUUUGCCCUUUUUCUUGUUUUUUAUUUCUUUGCCCUUUUUCUUGCUUCCCAUUUUUUUUUUUUCUUUCUCCCAUUUUUAUUUUUUCUUUUUUACCAUUUUUUUUAUUUUUUGCGUCCCAUUUUUUAUUUUUUUUUUUCUUGCUUCCCUUUUUUUUUCCCAUUUUUAUUUCCUUGCCUUGUUCCCAUUUUUAUUUUUUCUUUUGUCUCCCAUUUUUUAUUUCUUUGCCCCAUUUUAUUUUUUCUUGUUUACCAUUUCUAUUAUUUGCCCUUUUUCUUGCUUCCCAUUUUUAUUUCUUUGCCCUUUUUCUUGUCUCCCAUUUUUAUUUCUUUGCUCUUUUUCUUAUCACCCAUUUUUAUUUCUUUGCCCUUUUUCUUGCUUCCCAUUUUUCUUUCUUUGCCCUUUUUCUUGCUUCCCAUUUUUCUUUCAUUGCCUUUUUCUUGUCUCCCAUUUUUAAUUCAUUGACUCUUUUCUUGUCUACCAUUUUUAUUUCUUUGACCUUUUUCUUGUUUACAAUUUUAUUUCUUUUGCCCAUUUUUAUUUUUUUCUUUUCACCCAUGUUUAUUUCUUUGCUCUUUUUCUUGCUUCCCAUUUUUAUUUCUUUGCCCUUUUUCUUGCUUCCCAUUUUUAUUUCAUUGCCCUUUUUCUUGUCUCCCAUUUUUAUUUCUUUGCCAUUUUUCUUGUCUCCCAUUUUUAUUUCUUUGCUCUUUUUCUUGUUUACCAUUUUUAUUUCUUUGCCCUUUUUCUUGUCUCCCAUUUUUAUUUCUAUGCCCUUUUUCUUGUCUCCCAUUUUUAUUUCUUUGCCCUUUUUCUUGUUUAACAUUUUUAUUUCUUUGCUUUUUUUCUUGCUUCCCAUUUUUAUUUCCUUGCCCUUUUUCUUGUCUCCCAUUUUUAUUUCUUUGCCCUUUUUCUUGUUUACCAUUUCUAUUAGUUUGCCCUUUUUCUUCCUUCCCAUUUUUAUUUCUUUUUGCCCUUUUUCUUGUCUCCCAUUUUUUAUUUCUUUGCCCUAUUUUUUUUUUCUUGUUUACCAUUUCUAUUUUGUUCCCAUUUUGCCCUUUUUCUUCCUUCCCAUUUUUAUUUCUUUGCCCUUUUUCUUGUCUCCCAUUUUUAUUUCUUUGCCCUUUUUCUUACCUCCCAUUUUUAUUUCUUUGCCCUUUUACUUGCUUCCCAUUUUUAUUUCUUUGCCCUUUUUUCUUUUUGCCUUUUUUUUUCUUGCUUCUUUGCUUAUUUUUUUUUUUUUUUUUUUUCUUUUGCCCUUUUUCUUGUCUCCCAUUUUAUUUUUUUGCCCUUUUCUUGUUUACCAUUUUUAUUUCUUUGCCUUUUUUCUUGCUUCCCUUUUAUUUUUGCCCUUUUUCUUUUCCCAUUUUAUUUCUUUGUUUUCCAUUUCUAUUAUUUGCCCUUUUUCUUGCUUCCCAUUUUUAUUUCUUUUGCCCUUUUCUUAUCUCCCAUUUUUAUUUUUUUUGCCCUUUUUCUUGCUUCCCAUUUUCUUUCUUUUGCCUUUUUUUUUCUUGCUUCCCAUUUUUCUUUCAUUGCCUUUUUCUUGUCUCCCAUUUUUAAUUCAUUGA